AUGGCGGGGACCGAGCUGCUGGCGGAUGACUCGGAGCCAGCACUGGGUCUCUCUGACUUCUUCCAUCUUGAUGUUGGCGGCUGGGUGUUCUCCAUCCCCACCAUGGCACUUGCUCGCUUCCGGGAAUCUGUUCUGUGGCGAGAGGUCUGCUGCUUGACUCCAACUGAUAGUAGAAGGAUUUUUCUGGACCACGACGGCUUUGUGUUCAGACACGUUCAUCAAUUCCUGCUCACAUCGCAGCUCUCAUCAUCGUUUCUGGUCGAUAUAGAUGUUUUGUAUGAACAAACCAAAGCAGUAGGUCUUCAGUCAAUGACGGAGGCCCUAGAAAAGUUAAAAGAUGAGGAACCUCAACAGCGCAUGCAGACAAAACCAGACAUGUCUGUCACUGAGAAAGCAGCCAUUAACUACUGGAAAACUCGUAAAUGUAGCAGCAGACUCUGUGAGCUGCCUCUAAAAAGUUCCCUUUUCCCAGGCAAUCAAGACAAAGCCCCCCUUGGACUCUUACACAAUCCUUUUCUUGACGUCCUGCAAGAUGUUCCUUACUGUUUCCUUCCCAUUGAUAUGCUGGAGAAAUACCCUGGACUGCUCACAGAUGAUAACUUGCUGUGGUUCGCUGAGAAUUUUGCUUUGAUUGAAUGUGGAUGUCAGGAAUUCCGAUUCAUAGGAAAUUUCUUACACACUGGAAAGUUUUUCUUGCCAGAGAAGUUUUCAAAGUUUGAUGUUUUGGAAGCUGAAAUCAAAUCCCUCGAAAUACCUGGACUCCUUCAGGCACUCUGCACUGAAAAGAAAACUUUCGGAUAUGUACAUGGUAGUAAUCCAGAUACAGCCCUGUUCUCCAGUACCGGUUCAGCUGGCAGCAAAGGAAAACGUAAAAAAGCAACAAAGCCUUUCUACAUCCUGGCACUGGAGUUAUUGGCUAAAUACCCAGACUCUACUCUAGGCCAGCUGAGCAUAGAGAGCAGUGUAGAUGGCAACAAGCUGUAUAUCACCGGCACCGGGACCCUCUUUCUACACGUAAAGAACUGGAUGGGAACAUGCAGACUUCCCUUGACCAGAAGCUUUUUAGAGAUUUAUGCUCUGUGCACUUUUCUGGACAAAGAAGAUGCUGUGUAUCAGUCGAUGAGAGAAGCUGUCAGAUCCUACCUGAAGUCUAGGACCAGGGUGGAUGGGAGAAUACUGUGUAACUGGACAGCUGACGUAAGAGCGUUCCCGAAACAUCAGAUCGUCAGAGUCUAUGUUAGGAGCCACUGGUAUUCUACAUACUUGAAAACACUGCUGAAGUAUCCUGAGCUGCUUGCCAACUCCAGGAAAGCAUGUUGGAUCACUUGCGGCUUCUCCUUGUUAGUGAAUGGCGAUGGAGAGAUGUUUAGACACAUCCUGAACUUCCUGAGACUGGGAAGCCUCCACCUUCCAUCCGAGUUCAUAGAAUGGGACAUUCUUUGUCAGGAAGUAACAGAAUUUCAAAUCCCAUCCCUUGUGAAAGCUCUAUAUGAGUGCAAGGCUUACAGAUUGUGGGUUAAAGGACGCAGAUGUGCCCACCACUUAGUGGAUCCUAAACUGGAGGUUAUGAGUUGGUUUUCAUCUGCAGACGGACUCCAAGAGAACAUAACUGUAAGCUCCAAAGGGCUUGUCCCCGAUAAGUUAGGAGAGUUAAGGAGUCCAGCUGUAAAUCUCAGUCAUUUUCUUCAUAGUAAUGAGGGUCGGGAAGUGGAUGAAACGGUACAGGACUGCACUGACUAUACAGCUGGGAGUGAAAGCAGCACCACAAUCUCUGCCUGUCAUCAGUGCAUACCCCCAGCAUGUGGUACUUUUCUAGCAUCAGAUAGAGGGAACUCACUGAAGUAUCACAUAGGUGGAGAAGGACUUCUGUACUCAGGAUGCAGAGGGGAGAUGCAGCAAGAUGGGCCUACAGUAAAGGAAGUAAUGCAGGGGUUCACUCCUGCAUGUGACUCCAGUAGUCAACAUCAUGAAUACAGUAGAUUAACACAGACUGUGAUGCAAUGCAGCCAUCCACCACUGGAUGACAAAACGGCCUCCAAUACAGAAGCUCCAUGCCUGUUGAUAGAGAGAGGAGGACUUGGUGAUCUUGGGACUAUUCUUUGGGUACAGCACCGACCCCUGCUGGCCUCUGAUGGGAGCUCAACAACUUUUGAAGACAGCAUCAUAUAUACGACUGAAAUGGAUAUCCCAAGGUGUGCUGAGGGUACAGCGGAAGAUCAUUUUUUUCUCACUUUGAAUAUGUCACAUAAAGAGAUAAUGUACGCAAGGCAGUGCCAUUCCUUCCUGAUCGGCCUAAUCUUGGACUGUAUACAGCAGGGGAACCCCAAGCCCAGUAUCUGUAACGUGAUGAGACUUGUGAGCAUGUGUUGGGCUUUUCAGAUUCCAGUCAGACAGUUUGUUAAUAACUUGAUGGUUCCAAAGUUUUAUAAAGGAAAGAAACACAAGAGAGAGGCUCUACUGUGCUGGCUAGAGUUCUCUCUGCCGUAUGCACAAAGAUAUGGCAAGUGCGUUAACAUGAUGCUGCAGAAGGGACAUCACAGGUCCGCGUCGUGUGUAACCCUGAGAAAUCUUCUAUACUAGCUUCCUCCUCACCCCACCUCUUCAGUUAAGUGACUGCAUUUUCCAGCAUCUAGGGAAAGCUAUUUUUAAGUAUUUAUUUAUUACUGAUUUAUUUAUUGCUGGCUUUAUUGGGGGAGAGUUAAAGGAAACCUGUCAGCUUCCAUAGGCUGCCCUCACUGAGGGGAGCAUAGUGUACAGAAAAGCACACUGAUUGCAGCAGACUAACGGCAUUCAGUACUUUUAGCAUGCUGCCCUCCCAUGACUCAAGAUGAUUGGCAGGUUUCUCCCUGUGAAAACUGUCAUCGUCCCUAGGCAGGGGCAGCGCGUAGCAUCAGACUCCUCUCUAGCACGACGCUAGUACGAGGUUCAGCAGGUCAGUAACCUAUAAGUACUGAAUGCUGAAAUCAGUGG